CGGAGUUAACAACUCAGUUACUAGCCAGUGUGGACGACGCUUCGAUAUGUGUUGAAACCGAAGAGUUGACCCUUAUUUGGGGGUUAAAGUCAAAGUUUUAUUAGUUUUUUUUAAACAGCAUUUGCUAGUGUUGAUAGCUCUGUCUUGGUGCGCCGUGAAAAUGCAGAGGGCAAACAUCAACCAAACUACUAAUGUAAUAUGCAGAAGAAGUCAAAGACCCUGCUUCUAUUGAUUCAUCAACUAUUGUGCAUUUACCAGUUCAACUACCAUCUGAGGAAGAUGCGCUUCCUGCUGCUUUUCAGUCGUCAGGGAAAGCUGCGUCUGCAGAAGUGGUUCACACCCAUUUCAGAGCGGGAGAAGAAGAAGAUCAUUAGGGACAUGACCAACAUGGUGUUGGCACGGCAACCCCGCUCCUCUAACUUCCUGGACUGGAAAGACCUUAAGAUUAUUUACAAGAGAUAUGCAAGCCUGUAUUUCUGCUUGGCCAUUGAGAGCCAGGAGAAUGAGCUGCUCGCCCUGGAGGUGAUUCAUCGCUAUGUGGAGCUGCUGGACAAAUACUUUGGCAAUGUGUGUGAGCUGGACAUAAUCUUUAACUUUGAGAAGGCCUAUUUUAUCCUGGAUGAGUUUCUAAUGGGGGGGGAGAUACAAGAAACCUCCAAACAGAUUGUGAAUCGCUGUAUUGAAUCCUCAGACAUGUUACAGGAGUUCGAAAGAGCAUCCCCUGAAGCCUGACUAAAACUGAUGGUAACUACAUUAACGUAUAAAACCUGAUGCUUCUAAUACUAGCAGCCAUGCUACAGCGCUACUAAUGCUAGUUGGAUGAACCACUACUUUGGAACAAACUUGCAGGGUGUGUGUUUGAGACAUUUUCAUUGUCUCAUUGUGGUCACGGGAUAUACCAUUUCAGGUGAUGGAAAAGAUUUGUUGUUUCCUGUCCUGGUUGGCUUCAACCAACAACAAAUUUUGCAGACCAGUUUCAUCUUCUCCUCCUCACCAUUUCCUCACAUUUGACGCUGUGCAUUUUUUUAAAAUCAAGGGAGAAUAACACAAGUUUUACAAUCAUGUUCAAAAUCCCCUCUUUUUUUUUGUUCCUUCAUUUCUCUUUUCCAACUACGACUUCUUCCGUAGCAACUCAGAAAAACUAUGUUCACAACAGGAAGUGGGCGUAUCCUGCGUAUGCGAGCUUAACUGGCAGUUGUUGCGCAUAUUUCUUGACGUGUGCUAUCGCGUAAAUAUGUCCAAAGCUUGUAAUUGUUAUCAACCUAAAUUCUAAUUGCAAUCCCGUUUAGAGAUGUGUUUACUUUUUUAUCGCCCAGCCCUUUGGAAACAUAGUUUAGGUGUGAUCACAUGCUUUUCAAACCUUGGUUACGGGGCACUCAGAGAGCCGGACAUUAUGCUAAACGACAACACCAAUCAUAAAUUCUGUAUCAAGCUCCAGGUCUAAGGGAACUUGUUCCAGUGUAUUUGUGUGGAAGUGAACUUGCAAGUGUCGCAAGUAGUCAGUGUCAUAAUAGGUUCAAUUAACAGUAGUGCUGCUGAGUCCCUGGUGUGUGUUUGUCUGUCCCAUAGCUAAUAGGCUUUUUAGCUGUUGCUCCUUUAUUUUAAUGGAUUAGUGUUUGUGCUGCUGUUUCUGUUACCCUCUGUGUGUGUGAAUCUCUAUUUCACUCUCUCUCUCUCUCUCUCUCUCAGCCAGUGUAAUUUUGAGUGAGAGACAGAUCUCCCUGGAAUGUGGAAGGCUUUUAAUUUUUGACUGAUUCUUCCCUGUCUAUCUGUAGAUCAGUGGUUCUGUGUGGUACAGUAGUUUAACUGGGUGUGUUGCUCUGUGCUUCUGAGUAGCGCUGAUGACUAACACUUUAAAAUUUCGAGUUGGAUUAUGUGCAGUACAGCCUUCCAUUCAUUUUGACUGUUAUCG